AUGAACAUUGCGGUGCAGUCUCACGUGCGUGUACGGCCGAACGGCGGAGUGUCGGUACCGAGCACGUGCCCUCGAAGGUCGUGCGCGGACCGACCGCCGGGGGCGAUCAACUGGCUCAGCCUGAGCCCCGACGGGCAGCGCCUGCUGACGGGCAGCGAGGACGGCACAGCCCGGCUCUGGAGCACCGCGGACGGCCAGUGCUGCGCCCUCCUGCAAGGACACGAAAGCUAUGUGACCUUCUGCCAGCUGGAGGACGAAGCCGCCUUCACGUGCAGCGCUGACUGCACCAUCAGGAAGUGGGAUGUGCUGACUGGGCAGUGUCUGCAGGUGUUUCGGGGACACACGUCCAUUGUGAACAGGAUCCUGGUCACCAACAAUCAGCUCUUCAGCAGUUCCUACGACCGGACAGCUCGCGCCUGGAAUGUGGACAAGGGGCAGGUGUCCCAGGAGUUCCGGGGCCACCGCAACUGUGUGCUGACUUUAGCCUACUCGGCCCCCUGGGACCUCCCUGGGGCUCCCUGCAUGGAGGAGGCCCUGGCCGGGGGGCUCCUGGUGACAGGCAGCACGGAUGGCACGGCCAAGGUGUGGCAGGUGGCCAGUGGCUGCUGCCACCAGACGCUGCGGGGCCACACAGGUGCCGUGCUCUGCCUGGUGCUGGACACACCUAGCCAUACGGCCUUCACUGGCAGCACUGAUGCCACCAUUCGAGCCUGGGACAUCCUGAGUGGGGAGCAGCUGCGUGUGUUCCGGGAGCACCAGGGCUCCGUCAUCUGUCUGGAGCUGGUGAACCGGCACGUGUACUCAGGCAGCGCCGACAGGACGGUCAAGUGCUGGCUAGCAGACACCGGGGAGCGCGUGCGCACCUUCGCGGCCCACGGACACAGCGUGAGCGCCCUCAAGUACCACGCGGGUACCUUGUUCACGGGCAGCGGGGACGCCCGCGCGCGCGCCUUCGACGCCCAGUCCGGAGCGCUGCGGAGGGUGUUCCGCGGCCACGCCUUCAUCAUCAACUGCAUCCAGGUGCACGGCCAGGUGCUCUACACCGCCUCGCACGAUGGCGCCCUGCGCCUCUGGGACGUGCGCGGCCUCCCGCGCGCCCCGCCGCCGCGCCCCGGCGCCCCCAAGCGCAGCCUCUCGCGCCUCUUCAACAACAAGGUGGGCUGCGCCGCCGCCGCGCCCCUGCAGCCGGCCUGAGACCGACCGGCCCGCCACCCCACCGCCCCGCGGAGGGAGCGCGGCCCGCUGGCACCGAGGGGACGAGGGGGACUUCCGAAGCCCGGAGGGAAGGCUGUGCUCAUCCCCGGCCGCCUCCUUCUCUGCCCGCCCCGCCCCCAGCCAGAGCCCCUGGGGAGCCCAGCCCUCAGCCUGCCUCCCCGCCCACCCGGGACCUUCCC